AUGAAAAGGUUUGCAUCACGGGUUGAAAAGAAAGUUCAACAAUACAAAUCAGUUUUUCAGGAUAGAGGCAUCGCUGGUCUGACGAAAGCUAUUGGCGAAGAAUUAGACGAAUGGAAGAAUGAACGAAUCAAUAUAGCAGUAACUGGACAAGCAGGAUCAGGAAAGUCGACAUUCAUAAAUGCGUUAAGAGGACUUUACGCUGACCAGGAUGGUGCAGCACCAGUAGGAAGUGAAACCACAACCACAACACCAAGGCCUUACGCUCAUCCAAAUAAUGCAAAAUGUAUAAUGUGGGAUUUACCAGGAAUUGGGACAGAUAGCUUCCCUCUAGAUACCUAUCUGAAAACAAUCAAUCCAGCUGAAUUUGAUUUUUUUGUAAUAGUAUCAUGUAGUCGAUUUACCGAGAAUGAUAUUUUUCUCGCACAUGCCAUAGAAGCAACUGGAAAACAUUUCUAUUUUGUGCAAACGAAAUUUAGUGAUGCUCUUCACAACGAAUCGUUAAAGAGGAAGGGGAAACGUCCCGAUGAGAAUAAAUUGAAAGAAAUUGUUGUGUCUGAGUGUCAAAAAAACCUAGCAGAGUUCAAAAGCUUUAACAAUAUCUUUGUUAUAGACAGUUACACGAAAGACCGGUUUGACUUUCACUAUCUUGCUAAAAGGCUUGUACAUGAUUUAGAAAAAAUAAGUGAGAAAAAACAGGUAGCACUGACACUAACAUUGUCUGCCAUGACGAGAGAGGCAAUUGAAGAAAAGAAAAUUAUCUUAGAGAAAAGAAUAUCCGGAAUAGCACUUAAAACAGCAGUUGCCCCUCGCCUGUUUGGCUCAGACACGAAAGUGUUAAUGGAAGAAAAAGAAUUUUACAGAAAACAGUUUGGACUUGAUAAAGAAGCAAUAGCAAGAGAUGCAGAGGCAUCAAGUAUUGGACCUCAACUGAAAGAUAUAAUUUCUAACUUAAGACUGAAAGAAAAAUGUUCAAUCGCAAAUACUGAACAGAACAACGCGAUUGAAAAAUGUAUACCUUUUCUGACUUGUGCCUUUAAUAUUUAUAAAACGUACACAGCUGGAAAAGUUUGGCUAAAACAAACACUUGACUACCUUGCAGAAUCUGCUAUCGAUAUAAAUAGUCGAAUGGUAGAGGAAGUAGCGGGCAACGAUGUGACAUAUGCAAGUAACAGCAACUCUGCAGGCCUCUAA